CGGACCCCCGCGCCUCCCCCAGUACCUGCAGGAGGGGGCGGGCGCUGGAGAAAGUUUGUCUCUGUGGUUGGCUGCGCCGCACGGCACGGCCGGUCGGGGCGGGCGGGCGGCUCCGUGUGCUCGCAGGGCAGCGGGAGGCGAGCUGUUGGCCGAGGAGCAAGCUGCCGGCGGUCUUGCUCGCGCAGGAAGAGGCAUCCGCGUAACCCUGCCAGCAUGGGGCACCGCGGGCUCAAGGCGUCCUGCCUGCCUCUCUUCGUUCUCCUGCUGCUGCUCGCCGUCUGCAGAGGGCGUGUUGUGAGGGUUCCCAAAGGUCCUCUUAUUCGAGUCGUGGGAACGGAGGUUGAGAUCCCUUGCAGUGUUAGUGACUACGAUGGACCCAGUGAACAGAACUUUGACUGGGAAUUCUCCCAGGAGACUGACUUCCUACGGAUAGUGAGUACCUGGGAUUCUACAUUCACCUCUGAGGAGUACCAAAACCGCGUAGGCUACGGGGAUAUCAAACUGAGACGGAUCAGCAAUGAUGCUGUGGAACUUGUGAUUAGAAACAUCCAGCCAACUGAUCAAGGGAGAUAUAAAUGCUCCACACCCAGCACUGAUGCCACCGUUCAGGGAAAUUAUGAUGCGGAGGUCCAAGUGAAAGUGAUUUCCGAUGGCUUAUCCGUGAGUGGUUCAAAAGCACGUUCCUCAGUGUCUCUCAGGCUGUCUGAGGGUGACUCCUUCAAGCUGCACUGCUCAGCAAUUACCACCUCACAAGAGCACACUCAUCUGCAUAUGACUUGGCAGAGCAAAAAUGGAUCAACUUGGUGCGAUAUCCUGUCUUUGACUCAUGAGGGCAAAUUCCAGCCAGGCCCUGGCUACGAAGAGCGCUACCAUAAUGGAGAUAUUCGCUUGGACACGGGGGCAAAUGACACAUACUGGUUAUCUGUGUCCCAGGCCUUGUCAGUGGAUGAGGGUGUCUACAGAUGUCUUGUGAGUGAGUGGGUAAGAGGGGCAGAUAGCUCAUGGCAGAAGAUUCAGGAGAAGAGCGUGGAGAUAGCAAGCGUGGCAAUCCAGCCCACUGCUCUAGAUGUGGUCAUCUCAACAAGCAAUGUGUCUGUGACUGAAAGAGAUUCCCUGGAUCUUACAUGCAACAUCACAACAGACCGGAGUGGUAUUUUCCAAGCAGAGGUGAUGUGGUAUUUUUCUGCAUCACCUGAUGCUACCUUGUCAGAUGCUCAGGUUUUGCUGAGCAUGAACCAUGAUUCUGUUGUCAGUGAUUCAACUCUCAUCAGCCUGAGCCAUGUUGAUAGGAACUCCUAUCGCCUGUUGGUACGUGAUGUGGAUGUGGGAGACUCUGGCUACUACUUCUGCCAAGCGGCUGUCUGGGUGCCACUGCAUAACGGGAGUUGGCAUAAGGUGGUGGAGAGAAGAUCUGCACCUGUCAGUGUGAUGGUGACAGCAUUAGAGCCAGACUAUGAGGUGUUUCUGAAUGCCUCUAAAAUACCCAAGUUUUCAGAUGACCCCACAGAGCUCAACUGCAGGAUCACAAAUGCACAGGACACUGAAGCAAACAUCCGCUUCACGGUUUCCUGGUACUACAGACAACGCCUGCGCAGUGAUGAUGUGGUCACAGCGGAACUCCUGGCCACCAUGGACACAGACUGGACUCUGCAGCUUGGGGACAGGACCAGAGAGCAAACUCAGAAUGGGGAAAUUAUAUUCUCUAAAAAGGCUGUUGACACCUUCAGUUUCCGAAUCCAGUGGACUUCAGAAAGCGACAGAGGGGAUUAUUUCUGUGUCAUCUCUGCGUGGAGCAGGCACCGAAACAACAGCUGGGUAAAGAGUAAAGAUGUGACUUCUGCAUCUGUCAGUAUUUUCUGGGCAACACAAGAUUACACACUCACAGUGGAGGCGGUGAAAUUGAAGCCAUUCUUUGUAGCAGGCCACACCUUUGAGAUGACAUGCAAAGUGUCUUCAAAAAACAUCAAGACACCGCGCUAUUCCGUCCUCAUUACAGCUGAGAAGCCACUAGCAGAUCAGUCGAAUCCCAAUGGAACUACUCGCAUCAUCUCUUUGAACCAGGAUUCAGUAGUGCGGCUGGAAGACUGGACAGACCAGACUCGUGUGGAUGGUGUGGUGCUGGAGAAGGUCCAGGAGAAUGAGUUCCGCUACAGGAUGUAUCAGACCCAGAUUUCUGAUGCUGGGCUCUAUCGCUGUGUGGUGACUGCCUGGUCUCCAGGUGGUGGUGGCAUGUGGCGUGAAGCAGUGAAUGGCUUAUCCAACCCUAUCCAGAUAGACUUCCAGAUGUCAGGUCCUGUGUUUAAUGUCUCGGUGCAUUCUGACAACCCGACAGUUUACCAGGGUGAAGUGGCAGAUUUGUGGUGUAUUGUCACAACAGAAGGAAUGGCACUUGAACAAGAUGAUACGUCCUUUGAUGUUUCCUGGUUUGCCGUGCACUCCUUUGCGUUGGACAGAGAGCCCGUCUUGCUGGCCUCACUGGACCGAAGAGGGAUUGUGACACAGAGCAGGAGAAAUGGGAGCAGUGAUCUCAGCCUGGAGAGAAUCAGCCCAUUAGAAUUCCGUCUCCGUGUGCAUGGCUGUGAGGACCAUGACUUUGGGAACCACUACUGCAUAGUGACUCCGUGGGUGCGAUCUGCCACUGGUGUAUGGCAGCGGGAACCUGACAUCAAAGCCAAACCCAUUUUUCUAUCUGUGAAAAUGGAUGUUUUGAAUGCUUUCAAGUAUCCCCUGUUGAUUGGCAUUGGUCUGGCCACUGUCAUUGGACUCUUAUCCUGCCUCAUUGGCUACUGCAGCUCCCGCUGGUGCUGCAAGAAGGAAGUACAGGAAACAAGACGAGAGCGUCGCCGGCUAAUGUCAAUGGAGAUGGACUAAACAUGGAGCCAGACACACUUGUAUUUUGGGAGAGACUCAAAGGGCUCUUGGACUGUGCUGAGACACUUGCCCACAGGCCCAGAGAAGACAGUGCAUUUCCUCUCUGAUUGCAGCUUGGACCUCAAGCUUCUCCUUGUUACACAUCAUGCCCUGAGAGCAUUCAGGCCAUAUGUAGCAACUUGGAAUUCUCCUUUUCCAGCAGCACUUUCUGCACAGGAAUCGUGUCCUUCUAAUGUGCAAACUGUUGAGUCUUCUUUCACCGGGGCCCUGUGACAAAAUUCACUAAGGUUUUUCUGUUUGUUUGAUUGGUGGGUUUUUUCCCCUCCUCUUGGUUUUGAAUAGAUGUAUGAAAAUGUGA